CGAAACCCUGGGCCGCCAAAGUAGAGCGUGCGAACUUAACGACUCAGCCACGGGGCCGGCCCCAGCUCUGUGAUUAUUAAUAAACCCAGCUAUUAUCUGAUUGCUCAUUAUUCCUGUUAUCUCUGGUAUCCUGAGAAAAUGUGCCCUAGUGAUAGCUGCUUAAUGAAAAGUAAAGAAGUAGCCUUGUUUUAGUCUGUACAGGGAGACUUCAUUGGUCUCCGUAAUGUCUUAAAGGUAGUAUGUCAUAUGAGUUUUUUGAAAAUAGAAAUGUUUAGUUUUUCAAGUUUUCUUUUUUUUUGAUGAUUUUUUUCAUGUCUCCUGAAAGAAAUGAAAAAAGAAAAAAAUCCACUCACCAAAAAAACCCAAUAGCUGAAUAGCUAUAAAACGUAUUAGAGAAAUUCAGCUUUUAGCAUGGGGGCCUUUUUAUUAUUUUCAACUCUGAUUUUACAGCUGAGUUAGAAUAUGUGACCAAAUGCAUCACGUGAAUGUUUACUUUUUUUUUUUCUUUUUGGCCACAUUGAAGUACCUAAAGAGAUGGAAUGUGACACACCCAGAGAAUGAGGCGCUCAAGGGGCCUAGGAACUUGAGAAGGCCAGAAGCAGCGGGAUCCCUUCUUGUCAACCUGAGCUUUGUCAGUGCUAAUUGGGGAGGAGAGAGCUGCUGAACUCCUUUGGAGAUGAGUUUUCAAAUGUGUGUGUGUGUGUGUUUGUGUGUACACAAAGGGCUUGUUCUCCUGCCCUCUGUAGAAAGAGUUAGGGAGAAUUCCAACAAGAAAUUCCCCCACCCUUGAGAUUGUUGUAGGUCCCACUCACCUCAAGUCCUCCUCAUAGAGGGCCCUCCAGAGAAGUGCUGUUUUGUUCUAGAGACCAGAAAGGACCUAUGUGAUUCUAGCACAUAUUUCUAAAUGCUGUCUACCUAGUUCUUUUAAUUUUGUGUAUUUCAUACAUUUCUAGUUUGUUGUUGAGUUGUUCUAGAUUACAGUUUGUUUUGGCUGUCUGUGUGUUGGGGGGGUGGUGGUAAUUUUUGUGGGAGGAGAAUCUUUAUUAUGCUUAAUUCCAUAUAGUCUGGAAGGUAGUAUACUGUGGACAGCUCAUUACCUGCAUGUCUCACAGCUCUCUGGUAUAGCUCCCUUCCAAGCAGUGACCCAGGGAUCCAGGCUGCCCUUAUCCUAUAUCUGCUUCCAGAUUGCCACAGUAAGGAAAGAGCUAGCAGGUCACACGUCAGCUUUUAAAAGCUUCAGCCUGGAAUUAAGUCACAUCAUCUUGGCUCACAGCCCUUGGCCAGAACUUUUCAUGUGGUCUGCCACAUGCAGAGGUAUAGGGGUGCUACACAGUGUGGAAGAACAUAUGGAUAUUCUCUGAGCAGCAAACCUCUUUGCCAUGGGCAUAUUUGCUACUCUCCUUUCUAAUUUUAUCUCCUUAAGGCUCACUGUACACAUUUGGGUAAGGCUUAGGCUUGAAGCAUAGAACAUAAGGAGUUAACUGUUCCACAGAGCAGUAGUUAUCAAAGUGUGAUCCCCAGACCAGCAGCAUCCACAUCACCUGGGAACUUGUUAGAAACACAGAUUCCUAGGACCCGCCCCAGACCUUCUAAAUCAGAAACUCUGGAGAUGGAGCCUAGAAAGCUUUUGUAGUAAGCUCUCUAGAUGCAUGCUAAAGUUGGAGAACCACUGCCCUGGAUGAAUGGAGUGUCUUUAGCACCUGUUGAACUGAUCAUUAGUGAAUCAACCCUGAAAUGCCGAUAUGCACUUGCCAGUAUAUUUGUGCAGUAAUCAUAUGGUCGCUUGUGAACACAGAUAUGAUAGUAGGAAGCACUUAGGGAGUCUUCACUAUAUGUCCCAGACCGUGUUUAAGCACUUUACAGAUUUAAGUCAUCUGUUUUCUCACAGCAACCAUACGAACUAUGUAUUAUCAUUGUCUCCAUCUUACAGAUAAGGAAACUGAGGCAGGGAGAGGUUCCAUUAACUGUGUAAGGGCGAUGCUGCAAGAUCAAGCCACUCAUCACAGCUGGACAGUGGAAGAUGCAGGUUUUGAACCCGGGCAGUGUGGCUCCCAAGUCCACUCCUUAACUGCUCUGCAGCUCUGCUUACUGAUCUGGUAACCCACCAGGUCAUGUGGUACUUUUUAACUUUUUCCUGAAUGGAGACAGUCUGUCAGAAUUAGCAGGAAGUGUGGUGUGUUGGUGGCAGUUCACAUUACGAGUUAAGCCGCCUCACUACCAGCUUCAGUCGUUGGUGGUUUACGUGUGUGAUGGGCUGGCUAUGGUAUUGGUCAAUCCUGGAGAUGCGUGGCUAGACAGCAGUGGCCCAGUUAUUUAAAACUGAACAAUAAAUAGAAUAGGGUUGUUAAGGGUAGAAUUAAGUUGCUAGUGGGAAGUGUUUCUCAGAGUGAGGUAGUUGUCACACCAGAAGAGCAUUUUCUUCAGUUAACCUACGUGUAAGCUUCAAGCUUAUGAGAGAAGCCCUGUUCUCGUCACCUUCCCUUUUGAUUCUUAGGUCUUUCAUGUUUCAUCAUCUGCCCUCUGAGACACUGAUCUGAGGCCUGAUUCCAUGAGGUGGUCUGAAGAAGGUUUCUGUUAAGUUUUUAUGAGCAGGACUUGAGUCUUAAUAAAGAAAAUGUGUUUUUCCUUCCAAGAAAAUUGAUAAAGUUCUCCCCCUUCCACAGAGUUAGACACAAUCUAAUCUUUUGAAUUUUGGACUGAUUUAAAAGCAUUUCCAAAUGACAUUGAGAACUGCUUUUCAAGCAGUUCUGUUUCCUUGCGUCCUUUAAAUUUUUUUAAUUAUUAACUGCAUUUUCUCUCUUCCAGGUGGGUCAUUAUUUGUUGCUGUUUGGGUGUACUUUGCUGGCCCAUGCAUCCCCUUGCCUUCUUUGUCUGUUGUGCUCAGCAGACUAGAACUGAGACAGCUCCUUGGCAGCUCUGUCCCGGACGGUACCAGCUUUGACUCUAGGUUGCUCCGACUCUGCUCCAGAGGUGGUGGCUUUGAGGUGUGACCCCGCCCACGUUUGGGCCUGGCCAGCGCCAGCUCCUCAGUAAGGAGGGCCAGCUUGAUAAGACGAAGAAAACAGUGUCAACGAGACUUACUAAGAGAAGAAAAAAAAGAAGUGAACAGACUCAUUUCCUACUCCACGUGGAUGAUAGCUAUAGCAGGGGAAAAUCUCAUAGUAUAUCAAUUGGGGCAGAAAAUGGAGUUCUAUGGCAGAGGCUUCUUAGAAGCUUAAACGCUUGUCCCAAUGACGUCAAGUUCGCCCGUUGGCUUGGAAGGUUCAGACUUGUCUUCCGUCAACACCAUGAUGUCAGCAGUAAUGAGUGUAGGGAAGGUUGCCGAGAAUGGCGGGAGCCCCCAGAGCAUCAAGUCCCCCACGAAGCCUCCAGGACCAAAUCGGAUUGGCAGAAGGAACCAGGAAACGAAAGAGGAGAAGUCUUCCUAUAACUGUCCCCUGUGUGAAAAGAUUUGCACUACACAGCAUCAGUUAACUAUGCACAUUCGUCAGCAUAACACAGACACUGGAGGGGCAGACCAUUCGUGCAGCAUCUGCGGGAAGUCGCUGAGCUCGGCCAGCUCCCUGGACCGCCACAUGCUGGUGCACUCUGGCGAGAGGCCUUACAAGUGUACUGUGUGUGGCCAGUCUUUUACCACCAAUGGGAACAUGCACAGGUUGCUCCGACUCUGCUCCAGAGGUGGUGGCUUUGAGGUGUGACCCCGCCCACGUUUGGGCCUGGCCAGCGCCAGCUCCUCAGUAAGGAGGGCCAGCUUGAUAAGACGAAGAAAACAGUGUCAACGAGACUUACUAAGAGAAGAAAAAAAAGAAGUGAACAGACUCAUUUCCUACUCCACGUGGAUGAUAGCUAUAGCAGGGGAAAAUCUCAUAGUAUAUCAAUUGGGGCAGAAAAUGGAGUUCUAUGGCAGAGGCUUCUUAGAAGCUUAAACGCUUGUCCCAAUGACGUCAAGUUCGCCCGUUGGCUUGGAAGGUUCAGACUUGUCUUCCGUCAACACCAUGAUGUCAGCAGUAAUGAGUGUAGGGAAGGUUGCCGAGAAUGGCGGGAGCCCCCAGAGCAUCAAGUCCCCCACGAAGCCUCCAGGACCAAAUCGGAUUGGCAGAAGGAACCAGGAAACGAAAGAGGAGAAGUCUUCCUAUAACUGUCCCCUGUGUGAAAAGAUUUGCACUACACAGCAUCAGUUAACUAUGCACAUUCGUCAGCAUAACACAGACACUGGAGGGGCAGACCAUUCGUGCAGCAUCUGCGGGAAGUCGCUGAGCUCGGCCAGCUCCCUGGACCGCCACAUGCUGGUGCACUCUGGCGAGAGGCCUUACAAGUGUACUGUGUGUGGCCAGUCUUUUACCACCAAUGGGAACAUGCACAGGCAUAUGAAGAUUCAUGAGAAAGACCCUAACAGUGCGACGGCUGCAGCCCCUCCAUCCCCACUGAAGCGCAGGCGGCUGUCCUCCAAAAGGAAACUGAGUCACGAUGCCGACUCGGAGAAAGAAGACCCAGCACCUGCUAAAAAGAUGGUGGAAGAUGGGCAAUCGGGUGACUUGGAGAAGAAGGCUGAUGAAGUGUUUCACUGCCCAGUAUGUUUCAAGGAGUUUGUUUGCAAGUAUGGACUGGAGACCCACAUGGAGACUCACUCAGAUAACCCACUAAGAUGUGACAUUUGCUGCGUCACCUUUCGAACACAUCGAGGAUUGCUACGCCACAAUGCUCUUGUCCACAAACAACUUCCCAGGGACGCAAUGGGAAGGCCUUUCAUACAGAACAACCCUUCCAUUCCUGCUGGCCUCCAUGACUUAGGGUUCACCGACUUCUCCUGCAGGAAGUUUCCUCGGAUUUCUCAGGCCUGGUGCGAAACAAACCUGCGAAGGUGCAUCAGCGAGCAGCACCGUUUCGUCUGCGACACGUGUGACAAGGCGUUCCCCAUGCUCUCCUCCCUUGCCCUACACAAGCAGACCCAUGUUGCCGUGGACCAGGGACGGGAAAGGCUGCAGGCCAAGACCCUGCCUGGUGACAUCCUGGACCAGAAGGUCUUCCUGGCCUUGCUGGGCCUGCAGCACACCAAAGACGUCAGGCCUGCCCCAACUGAGGAGCCCCUGCCGGAUGACAACCAAGCAAUACAGCUCCAGACACUCAAGUGUCAGCUACCUCAGGACCCCGGCUGCACCAACAUGCUGAGCCUGUCUCCUUUUGAAACUGCUUCCCUGGGCGGUUCUCUCACGGUCCUCCCUGCUACCAAGGAGAGCAUGAAGCAUCUGUCCCUGCAGCCCUUCCAGAAGGGCUUCAUCAUCCAGCCAGACAGUAGUAUUGUGGUCAAGCCCAUCUCUGGGGAGUCGGCCAUCGAGCUGGCAGACAUCCAGCAGAUUCUGAAGAUGGCAGCCUCGGCUCCCCCUCAAAUCAGUCUUCCGCCUCUCUCCAAGGCCCCCGCCACCCCUCUGCAGGCGAUUUUCAAGCACAUGCCCCCUCUCAAGCCAAAGCCCCUGGUCGCCCCACGGACAGUGGUAGCCACCUCCACACCCCCGCCUCUCAUCAAUGCCCAGCAGGCCUCCCCGGGCUGCAUCAGCCCCAGCCUCCCCCCACCACCCCUGAAGCUCCUCAAAGGCUCCGUGGAGGCGGCCUCCAACGCCCACCUGCUGCAGUCCAAGUCCGGGGCCCAGCCAAACACGGCUGCGCAGCUCUUCCUGCAGCAGCCAGGUGUGGAGCUGCCGGGCCAGGCCGAGAUGAAGACGCAGCUGGAGCAGGACAGCAUCAUCGAGGCCCUGCUGCCCCUGAGCAUGGAUGCCAAGAUCAAGCAGGAGAUAACGGAGGGAGACCUUAAGGCCAUCAUGACGGGCCCUGGCAGCAAGAAGACGCCGGCCAUGCGUAAAGUUCUUUACCCCUGCCGCUUCUGCAACCAGGUGUUCGCCUUCUCGGGGGUGCUACGCGCACAUGUGCGCUCCCACCUGGGCAUCUCGCCAUACCAGUGCAACAUAUGCGACUACAUCGCCGCCGACAAGGCCGCGCUCAUCCGCCACCUGCGCACACACAGCGGUGAGCGGCCCUACAUCUGCAAGAUCUGCCACUACCCCUUCACCGUCAAGGCCAACUGCGAGCGGCACCUGCGCAAAAAGCAUCUCAAGGCCACCCGCAAGGACAUCGAGAAGAACAUUGAGUACGUGACCAGCAGCGCGGCCGAGAUGGUGGAUGCCUUCUGCUCCCCGGACACGGUGUGCCGGUUGUGCGGCGACGACUUGAAGCACUACCGCGCGCUGCGCAUCCACAUGCGCACGCACUGCGGCCGUGGCCUGGGCGGCUGCCCCAAGGGCCGCAAGCCCUUCGAGUGCAAGGAGUGCAGCGCCGCCUUCUCGGCCAAGCGCAACUGCGUCCACCACAUCCUCAAGCAGCACCUGCACGUGCCCGAGCAUGACAUCGAGAGCUACGUCCUAGCGGCUGAAGGCCUGGGCCCUGCGGAAGCGCCUGCCGAGGCCUCAGGGAGGUUAGAGGAGGGCAGCGGGGCCUUUGGCGAGCGCAAGCCCCUCGCCACCUUCCUGGAGCCCCAGAAUGGCUUUCUUCACGGGGGCCCCACCCAGCCUCCGCCUCCCCACAUCUCGGUCAAGUUGGAGCCCGUUAGCAGCUUGGCAGUGGACUUCAACGAACCCCUGGACUUUUCCCAGAAGGGCCUGGCCCUGGUGCAAGUGAAGCAGGAAAACGCCGCCUCCUUCCUGAGCCCUUCUUCUUCAGCCCCCUAUGACUGCUCCAUGGAGCCCAUCGACCUGUCCAUCCCUAAGAACUUCAGGAGAGGAGAUAAGGAUACAGCUGCUCCUGGUGAAGCCAAGAAGCCUGAGCAGGAAUCAGGGAGUGGGGAGCAGCCCUCACCCUGUCCACCACCAUGCCCUACCCUGCCGGUGCCCGUGGGGCCCAGCGGGAUCCUGGAUAAACCCAUGGCCCCUGCAGUGGGGACCUCGGCAACCACCAUCCUGGAAACCCACACUCAGCCCUUGCAGGGCUCUGUUCAGCUUGCGGUCCCCAUCUACUCCUCAGCCGUGGUCAACAGUUCUCCACUCUUGAGCAACUCUACCCUCAUAAGCAGCCCAGCCUUGUUGCGGCCAUUGCGCCCCAAGCCCCCCCUGCUCUUGCCAAAGCCCUCUAUGACAGAAGAGCUGCCUCCGCUGGCCUCUAUUGCCCAGAUCAUCUCAUCUGUGUCCUCUGCCCCCACCUUGCUCAAAACCAAGGUGGCUGACCCAGGGCCUACCAGCACUGGCAGUAACACCACAGUUUCCGACAGCUUAGGAGGCACCAUCCCCAAAGCUGCCACCGCUCCCACCGACACCGCAAGUCCAAAAGAAUCCAGUGACUCACCCCCUGCUGCCAACAGCCCAGAGGCGGCCUCGCCCACCGAGCAGGGGCCAGCUGGCUUGUCAAAGAAGAGGGGCCGGAAGAAGGGGGUGAGGAGCCGGCCCCAAGCCAGCAGCGGCGGCAUGGACCUGGACUCCAGUGGGGAGUUUGCCAGCAUCGAGAAGAUGCUGGCUACUACAGACACCAACAAGUUCAGUCCGUUUCUGCAGACCGCGGAGGACGACACUCAGGAUGAGGUGGCUGGAGCGCCUGCUGAGCACAACGGGCCCAGUGAUGAAGAGCAGGGCAGCCCCCCAGAAGAUAAGCUGCUAAGGGCAAAGCGCAACUCCUACGCCAACUGCCUGCAGAAGAUCAACUGUCCUCACUGCCCCCGGGUCUUCCCCUGGGCCAGCUCCCUCCAGAGGCACAUGCUCACACACACUGGUCAGAAACCCUUCCCUUGUCAAAAAUGCGAUGCCUUCUUUUCUACCAAAUCUAACUGUGAACGCCACCAGUUGCGCAAACACGGAGUUACCAACUGUUCCCUGAGAAGAAACGGGCUUAUCCCCCAGUCAAAAGAGAGUGAUGUUGGACCCCAUGAUAGCACAGACAGCCAGUCAGAUGUGGAGAUGUUGGCCACAGGAGGCGAGGUGCUGGACCUCACCUCUCGGGAGAAAGAGCAGCCAACAAUGGAGGGAACCUCUGAGCCUAGCCAGGUCAAAGAAGAGCUCCCCGAAGAGGAGGUGAAGGCUGUGGACAGGGAGGAGAAGGCAGCCGAGGAGAGCCAGGAGCAGGAGGAAAAGCCUGGGGUGGAGGAGACGGACGAGGAUGCAGAUGGCCCAGAGGAAGACACCGUCAGCAACAAGAGCCUGGACCUCAAUCUCGCCAGCAAGCUGAUGGGCUUCAAGCUGGCAGAGGGCGAUGCUGGCAAUGUGGGCAGCGGAGGCUCCACCCAGCAGGACCAGAAGCACGCCUGCGACAUCUGUGGCAAGAGCUUCAAGUUCCUUGGGACCCUGAGCCGCCACAGGAAGGCCCACGGCCGCGAGGAGCCCAAGGAGGAAGGCGCGCUUCCUCGGGAGGGCCAGGAGUUUAGCAGAGCAGCCGAGGGGCCUCUGCUCAUCCCCACCACCUCCCCUCCGCCUGAGCCAGAGGAGAAGCCUGCCCACACCUUGGCAGUGGAGCCGCCGGCUGAGGGAGAGGCCUCGUCAGAAGCCUCCACUGAGAAGCAGAGCGAGGAGGUGGAGGGUGCCUCCGAUGGGGAGGGCACAACCGAGAAGAAGUCCUCGGAGAAGAGUGACGAUGACAAGAAGCCAAAGACAGACUCCCCCCGAAGCGUGGCCAGCAAGGCCGACAAGAGGAAGAAGGUCUGCAGCGUGUGCAACAAGAGGUUCUGGUCCCUGCAGGACUUGACCCGGCACAUGCGGUCCCACACAGGAGAAAGGCCGUACAAAUGUCAGACCUGCGAGCGAACCUUCACCUUGAAGCACAGCCUGGUUCGCCAUCAGCGGGUCCACCAGAAAGCCAGGCAUGCCAAACACCACGGGAAGGACAGCGACAAGGACGAGCGGGGUGAGGAGGACAGUGAGAGCGAGUCCACCCACAGUGGCAACAACCCCAUCUCGGAGAACGAGGCAGAUUCAGCUCUACCGGCCAGCAACCACGUGACAGUCACCCGGAGCCGGAAGGAGAGCCUGGCCAACGCCACCAAGGAUUCCGGCCACAGGGAAGAGAGGGCGACGGGUCGGAUGGCUGGUGCCGGCCAGGCUGAAGCGGGCCGGAGUGCUCCCAAGGCCACUCCAGUGGGUAGCCCCACGGAGCGGGCGUCUCAGGGUGACCCUGAGCGGGAGAGCCCGGGGCCCCUGGUGCAAGACCUGCUGGAGCUGCACAGCAAGAGGCCGUCCCACCCCAUCCUGGCCGCAGCCGACGGCGCCUCACCACUCCUGGGGCUGGAGUGACCGCUCGUCGUGGCCCCCAGCACACAGAUGAAAGCCAGCAGAGCAAAGUGUCCUGAAUCUAUGUUUCAUGAGGUUUCCUCAGUGCCCUUCAGCUUUGGGGAGUGAGAGAGAUUGAGAGAGCGAGGGCCGAGCAGGAGCAGGCCAUCUCGCCCGGUGCCAUAGCCUGACCACGUCCCUGCGCGGGAGGCGCAGCCGUCAACUCGAGUGCCUUAACUACUUACCAGUCCCCCGGCGUCAGCCUGGGUGUUGUGUUUUCCCAAAAUGACUUUUUAAAAAACAAAGCAAAUAUUUUAAUGAAUUACUUGGAGAUGACCUUUUCAUUUAAGCAUUAACGUUACCUUCUGUAUUGGUGUGUGUGAGCUCGUUCUUGUGAAUCUGUGAUAGUAACGUUUGUUCUGUGAGCUGGAAACAGAAGACAAAAACAUGCCCUUGGAUACCCGUAGCCAAUAACUGGAAGAAAAUGAUGUGAAUUUCAUGUAAAUUACCACAGGAAGUAUGGAUAAGAUGCUCUUUUCUCAAAUAGACCUUUUCUUUUGUUCUGUUUGCUACGCGGUGGAGCUGUAAUUCGGUCCUCAGUAUUGCCGGAUGUGGUUGAUUAAGGUGUCCAAUUUGGCUCAAGCCAAAACCAGGGAAGAGUCUAGCUUCAGCCUCAUUCAUGUGUCCACUUUUUCAGCAUUAGACCUGCUGUCACUGUCCAAGUCUCAGAACUUCCGUUCUUAACUUCCAGAGAAGAAUUACCCUGGCAACCUGACCUAUAGAGAACAGGCACAGAGGUCACGUAGCGGAGUCCCCCUCUCGGUAUAUGUAUUAAUAAUAUUAUUAUUAUUAUUAUUUUUAGUUGAUCGGUUUGCUGGUCUCUGUAGUCAGCAGAAACAAAUGGGCAAUAUUUGUCCUGGGAGACCUGGGCCGCCCAGUCCCCGUGUGAGCGUCUGCCCGCAGCUGUCCCUGGCGCCCUCGGGCGGUGGCUGUUCUACUGUACUUAGACAAGCCUUUCCUCCGGGACUGCAGAAUCCAGCAGGGGCCACGACGGUCCUCCCGCCCGCGGCCCAGGAGCAGCUCAGAGGGGCGAGCGAGGGCACGUGCGCCCGGGGCUUCUGAGAAAGCCAGGCAGAGAGGAGACCUGUUACUCACUGGUCUCCCUGCCACAUCAGCCCAAGCCUUACCCACCUGUGCUACUGUCAUUUGCAAAGCGAGGAAAUACUACUACUACUGGUAAUAAAACUGCACGUGCAAGACGGAAGAUGAGAUGUAGAUGGAUAUUUACCUUCCUGUGUGUUGGGGCUGGUGCUGGAAGAUAAACGUGCUGUUUCUAGUUGCUUUAAAUCGCCUGAAUCCCUGGGUGCAAAAAGGCAGUGUUUUUUCCGCGAGCAUCCGUCCUAUGCAGGCAAUAGACUUCCCUCACGGUAGCCACCAGCAGUGAAGAGAAACAGAUCCUACUGUAGCUGAGCUUGGGUUCAGCAUCCUGUCCUUCAGCCAAGACCUCUAGGACGCCCGAGCCUUCGUGCUGCGGGGCCUCCUGCGCUGCUUCACCUCUCAGCCCCUCCUGCCUUCCCCAGGGAGCUGCCCCUACCAGGCCCCUUGCCCCGGGCAGCUCUCAGUGCCACUAUGCACAGACACACACAGACCCUUUUCUCUCCACUUCCACACCAAUUUCUGGUGGCCAAAAUCCAACCGCCCAGACUUCAAAGGAAGGUAGAUAUUCUUGAGAUAAUGAAAAGUGAUACCGUUGCAUGUGAAAGGAAAAGGUUGAGGUAUAUAUGAUUUUUAACUGUAUUAGGGAUGUAUGAACCAGUUUCAAAACAAGGUGUUAUUUACUCUAGAUGAACACAAAUCAGAACCAAUGAUCCCGUCUCCCUUCCUGCCGCGCGUGGUCUGCUGCAUCAGAACCAGUUUGUGCAUCCAUGAACUUUUUAUGACGAUUGUUGUUAUUUUCGUUGUUAUUAUUAUUUGGGGUUUCUUGUGUUUGUUUUUCUCUGCAACUCCCCACACUAAAACUCGAGACACUGUGGGGAGAAGCCACGACCUAACUCUACGCUGCGCUGAAAUGUAGCAGGUGCAGCCGACGGCACGGCCAGGCUGCGGCUCGCAAUCAUCACUCUUGAUUCAAAGCUUUAUCCAGGCUUCCUCUGUCCCCUCGUAGUCGAUAAGGUCUUGCCACAUUUUAUUAGUGAGGUUGAGAAAUGUAUUAUUUGUUCGUUGUUCUGCCCCCUCCCCCGAUAUUAAACUGUGAAAUUUGUGAUUUGUUUAAACUCUGGGUGAAUCAUAGCUUAGUUUGCAUGUCCCGCUCAUUUGUUUCUACACAUUUUGUUUGAUUCUCUUUCUCCUUCUCUCAGGGCUUUUACAAAAAAAUUAUAUAUAUAUGGAUCUUCUGAAAAGUUUUUUGAGGUGCAACUUCUCUUUUGUUUUUCUCUUUGAUUUAUGGACACAAUGCUGAGAUUCAAUCACUACAUGAAACUCCUGGCUGUGAAAACAAAACAGACACCCCAGAGGGCGUGUGCGGACAGCCCCAGGGAAGCUCUGCGCAGCCGGGUGCGCUUCAGGAAGAGUCGUCGUCCCUUCCGCCCUCCGUUCCUCUCUGUCCUCCUCUCUUUCUUCAAGAAGGAAGUUGAUCCUAGUGAUUUCAGCCCAUGCAUUAAACAGGAAACAAUAAUAAAUGUGUAGAAUUCAUAUUUUUCUAAAGGGAACUUACAAACUGCUGCUACAGGUUAUGUACAAAACUGGUUUAUGCCACACGAACAGAAUCACACGUUUGGUUUUGGUACUUUUUGUUCCUCUUUGUAUUCAGUUGUAUAGUACUUCCAAAUUCAGAAUGAGAAGAAAAGCUAUUCUGUAUCAAACCAUCUAAGCAAUAAAUGUUAUAUUUCAAAACGGCAGAUUGCCGGUCA